AUGGCUUCAAAUGCAUCAGACGUGAAACCUCACAAGUCACUUAUCCUCAAUGCCUUCGUGGAAAUGUGUAGUGGCCAUCAAUCCCCGGGACUAUGGCGCCACCCCGAAGACGAAUCGCAUCGCUUCAAUGAUUUAGAGCACUGGACUGAGCUUGCACAGUUACUCGAAUCAGCCAAAUUCCACGGCAUUUUCAUUGCGGAUGUUCUAGGAGGAUACGAUGUCUACAAAGGACCCAGAAACCUAGACCCUGCAGCUACUUCCGGUGCACAGUGGCCUGUGAAUGAGCCAUUGGCUGUUGUUCCGGCUAUGGCGGCUGUAACGAAGAAUAUUGGGUUUGGAGUUACAGUCACUACGACUUACGAACAGCCGUAUCAUCUUGCUCGACGCUUGUCUACGGUGGAUCAUUUGACGAAAGGACGUCUGGGAUGGAAUGUCGUCACUGGAUAUCUCGACUCUGCCGCACGUAACAUGGGUCAAGCCGAACAACCACAUCACGACGACCGCUAUGCCCUCGCUGAAGAAUACAUCAAAGUAACCUACAAACUCUGGGAAUCCUCCUGGCGCCAAGACGCAGUAAUCCGCGACCGCGAACGAGGAAUCUACACCGACCCAAGUGGCGUCCGCCAAAUCAACCAUGAAGGCAAAUACUUCAACGUCCCGGGACCACAUCUCACACAACCGAGUCCCCAACGCACACCCGUCAUCCUCCAAGCAGGGACUUCAAAGGCUGGUAAGACUUUCGCGGCUCAACAUGCUGAAGCUAUCUUCGUGGCUGGACAUAGUCCCUCCGUGGUAGCGAAGAAUGUCAAGGAGAUUCGGGAGUUGGCGGCGAGUGAGUUUGGUCGCGAUCCGCGCAGUAUUAAGUUCCUUGCUUUGCUUUGUCCUGUUCUUGGGAAGACGGAGGAGGAGGCGCGCGAGAAGUUUGAGUAUUAUCGCAGUUUGGGGUCUAUUGAUGGGGCUUUGGCUUUGUUUGGGGGAUGGACUGGGAUUGAUUUGGAUAAGUAUGGGGAUGAUGAGGAGUUGAGGCAUGUUGAGAGUAAUGCUAUUCGCUCUGCUGUUGAGGGUUGGUCGAAGGCUACUCCUGAGGUGGCUAAGUGGACCAAGGCUACUGUUGGACAACAUAUCACUGUUGGUGGUUUGGGAGCUACUCCCGUUGGUACGGCUGCUCAGGUUGCUGAUAACAUGGAGCGUUGGGUGGAAGAAGCCGAUGUGGACGGAUUCAACCUGGCAUAUGUUGUCAAGCCCGGCUCAUUCAAGGACAUCAUCGACCUUUUAAUUCCUGAGUUGCGCCGACGUGGUCUCUUCUGGGACGAUUAUGCCGUGCCCAAGGGAACAUACCGUGAGAAUUUGUACUCUGAGCCCGGCCAGUCUGGGCCGCGUGCGGAUCACCCUGCUUCGAAGUAUCGGUGGAAUGCUGGUGUUGAUGCUUCGGAUGCACCGAUUCCUGAGAACUGA